GCAAGAAAUCCGAACGACAGAAGGCCUACCGAGAUGGGAAAAAUCAUCGUUUAUGAGCACGCCAACUUCCAGGGUUACUCCAGAGAAUUCACCAGCGAUGUUGCCAAUCUAAAAGCUGUAGAUUGGAAUGAUUGUAUCUCCUCAGUGAGAGUAAUUGGCCAGCCUUGGGUGGCUUAUGAGCACCACAACUAUACAGGCCAGUUAAUGGUAUUUGAGGAGGGAGAUCAUGGCUUUGUUGGUUGGCAGAUGAAUGAUACGAUCACUUCUCUGCAGUUGAUCACUGAGGAUCUGUGCAAUCCCCAGAUCACGCUCUAUGAACAUUCCCAAUACCAAGGGAAGAGCAGGGUGGUAAGAGAAGCAACCAACCUGGCUAGGGGGUACGACAAUGACACCGUAUCCUCUCACAAAGUCCAGAAAGGCGUCUGGCUGUUGUGCGAACACAGCGACGGAAGCGGUAUUCGUUACAUUGCGCGAGAACGUGAACACCUUCCACAUUACAGUGCAAUCAACUUAAAUGACAAGCUUUCGUUUCUGCGUCCCCUUCUCCCUGGCAGCUGCUAUUAGACAGCAAAUCCUGCAACGCCGAGGAAAGAUGCAGCUCCAGCAAGGAACCUGAGACCUAGAUUUCUGUCUGUGCUUGUAUUGCUUUUUUCCCCUGUGGCACAGAAAGGCUGAAUGGGAGAGCUC